GACAAGAAGAGUAAGGAAUCUGGAAGCCACGCAGCCAUUCGUGGCGCCAAGGCCUUUCUGCUGGGAGGCGGGAAGCACAGCUCAGGCCUGGCCCCUCCCUGUCCCAGAGCUCCGCAGCCCUGGCUGGCCCUGGGGAGGGCGGGGCUGGUUGCCAAGGCCUCAGGUGGCAUGGAGUCUUGGCUCCGGAAGCAGGAAGAGUUUGUGCUCCCAGGACCACGGACCUGCCAGGCCGGGAUCCAGGGUGCCCAGAGGCAGGUGGAACCAAGGCCCUGCGGGGAUGGGUCUGUCCACGGAGGAGCUGCAGCGGGAGCUGGAGGCCACGGCCCAGGAAGUGCUGGGGAGACUGCGGAGCCGCCAGCUGUUCCAGUCUGCCUGGGACACUGCGGCCUUUGUCGUCUUCCUCACCCUCAUCGGUGCGGGGAAGCCGGCGGAGCCGCCAGCUGUUCCAGUCUGCCUGGGACACUGCGGCCUUUGUCGUCUUCCUCACCUUCAUCGGUGA